AGCGACUCUGAUACGGCCGAAAGUAUUCGAUGUGCUUGGCAUGGGAAUAAUGGUCCGAUCAAGAUGAUAACCAUGACAGUGGAAAGGAGAUCUAGGUCGUUCUAUCGCUAUGGUGUUCCUCACACAUUGGAUGGGCUGUGCAGUUCAUCUGUUGGCUGAAAUCUAAUCUGUCUUGUCAACCAUACCUACCUACCUUAGCUAAGGUAUUCACUUGGGAUUUGGUGGCUCUCAGCUGGUGAGAUCUCCUCUGACCAAAGGAUGUUGUUUCUGUCGACUGCUCCUUCGACGAAACUACAGGCACUUCCCCCACUUCACUUGGAAGCCGGAUCUGAGGUUCUGCUUACCGGGAAACUUCGAUGGAGUCAAGAUGGUCAUUAUAGGCGCCCGGGGGCCCAGACAGAUGAAGGCUUUACUACAAGUAACAGCAAGAAUCACUACAUGCGGAAGUCGCAGUUACAUCUGCAGCAGAAACUCGUCGGUUUCUUUCUGCUUUUGCGUAUUACUCGAAAUCAUAUCCAUGAUAUCACGCAAAGUAUGAUAGUUGUCCAAACUAACAAGGUUAUCGUCUGCCGUCCACCUCAUCUCCCAUCCCAUCACAGACUUCAAAGAAACCUUGACCAUAUAUUCGAGAUCGGAAGGCCAAAGAUUUCUCUGCAGUCAAAGUAAACCGAAGGAUUCUAUGCAAAAUGAUUCGAAACUUAUUUUGGACCAUCAUCUGGCUCAUCAAGGCCGGUCCUCGUCUGGUGGCCUAGGCGGUCAGCCUGACGAUCCUGUUCAUGAUCUUUGUGGAAAAGACACUCCGCCACAUGUACGGAGCGUACACCGAGCACCGCCCUCUAGGCCACUGCAAACGCUGUUGUCCUUGGUGCCUCCAAGCACGUAUGCAAGCCGACCAGCACCACCACUGCGGCACCAACUGCUUAGUGUGCCGGCCGCGCUUGGUCAGCAACGCCGGCUCCGACAACAGCGCCAUCGCCAUCACGGCGGCCCCGGCGUCGCCGGGCGAGGCACCCCUGGUGACGAUGGGCGUGGUCGGGGCGGACGGACGGAUCGAGCCACAGCUGCAGCUGGCAGUGCGGCGGCGGAGCAGCGGCAGCAGCGUCACGACUGUACUUGAGCAGCCUUCGCCUCGGCAGCAACACUUUUACGGCGCGGGUGGCAUUGACCUCCAUCAACAUCAGCACCAGCACCACCAGCCUCAGAGGCAGCCAUGGCAACAUUAUGUAUUCCACGAACCUAUCAGGGGCAGCUCCUCGGCGCCGCCGGCGUACAGGAUGGAUCCGAUGAGAGGAAGUUUGAGCGUGCAUCCGACCGAGUCUCAGAUAAAUGCCAAUGCUGAGGUGAAUCAGGCAGAGCAGGAACAGGUGCGACAGAACAUCGCGGCCCGGCUAACUCAGAUAGGGAGACGGGUGCGUAGCGAUCCGCAUAUUCAGUUUGUUGACCUGGAUUGA